AUGGAUUUGCGUAAAAAGCUUUGGAGUAUCUGCGCCAUGGUUGCCAUGGUGCUCAUUGUCAGUGAACAUUCUCGCGGUGAAAUAACCUGGGAGGUUCCUCGCUUUGACGGCUGGUACAACAGUCUGGGAUAUCCCAGACGCGGGGCUGUCGGCUCUCACCUUGUCCGUCUCGUGCCCGCGCAUUACUGGGACGGAGUCUACCAGCCUGUCCAUGAGCCGCUGCUGCCAAACCCCCGCAGGCUAAGUAGGCUGCUGGCCCGGGGGCCCUCAGGUCUGCCCUCAACGCGCAACCAGACCGUGCUCUCUCUCUUCUUUGGUUAUCAUGUUACUUUUGAAAUUUUUGACUCAAGAACUCCUGGGUGUCCACCUGAGUUCAUGAACAUCCCAGUCCCACAAGGCGACCCAGUAUUUGACCCGACUGCCACCGGAAAAGUCCUGCUGCCCUUCCAGAGAGGACCAUGGGAAAAGGAGUCUGGACAGAGUCCCAGUAACCCUCGCACACAGGUCAACUUGGUGACAGCGUGGAUAGAUGGCAGCUCCAUCUAUGGCCCCUCCACGUCCUGGUCUGACUCCCUGAGAAGCUUCUCACGAGGGCUCUUGACUACAGGCUCUGAGUGGAACAUGCCAAAACAGGGAGGAGGACGCAAUCUCAUGUGGAGCGCUGCGGACCCCUCUACAGGAGAACAUGGACCCCAAGGCCUCUAUGAGUUGGGAAAUGCCUGGGCCAAUGAGAACAUGUUCACGGCAGCAGAGGGGAUUAUCUGGUUUCGCUACCACAAUUAUGUAGCCUCCAAACUGCAUGAGGAACACCGAGAUUGGUCAGACGAAAAGCUGUUUCAAAACGCCAGGAAGACGGUUGUGGCCACAUUCCAGAACAUUGCUCUCUACGAAUGGCUGCCUGGAUAUCUGGGAGACAAAAAGCUUCCUCCUUACCCAGGUUACCAGAAGUUUGUUGAUCCUGGGAUCUCUCCAGAGUUUCAGGCUGCUGCCAUACGAUUUGGUAUCACUAUGGCCCCACCUGGUGUUUACAUGAGAAACAGAACCUGCCAAUUUCGGGAGAUUAUCAACAUAGAUGGCAGCUUAUCACCAGCAAUGCGUCUUUGUAACAGCUUUUGGAAGCGUCAGAGACCCAAUGUGAAGACAAGCCAGGAUGUAGACGACCUCCUCAUGGGCAUGGCUUCUCAGAUUGCAGAGAGAGAAGACAACAUUGUUGUGGAGGACCUGAGAGACUACAUGUACGGACCCCUAAGGUUCACCCGGACUGAUCUGGUGGCCUUAACCAUCCAGAGAGGAAGAGACUUUGGCCUGCGAAGUUACGCUGAGGUCAGAAAAGCUCUGGAUCUGCCUUCUGUAAAAACAUUUGAGGACAUAAAUCCUGCGCUCAACAGCACCAACCCACAGUUGCUCCACAAUGUUGCAGAACUGUAUAACAGAGACAUCUCAAAACUGGAGCUCUUCCCUGGAGGACUGCUGGAGUCUCUCGACGGUCCAGGUCCAGUUUUCUCCGCCAUAAUCUUGGACCAGUUUGAACGCAUCAGAAAUGGAGACCGCUUCUGGUUCGAGAACAAACAGAAUGGUUUGUUCACAGAUGAGGAGAUCCAGGCCAUCCGCAACAUGACGUUUUUUGACGUCCUUGUUGCAGUCACCAGUGCAGAGGCCACAGAUAUACAGAAUAAUGUCUUCUUCUGGAAAGAUGGUGACCCCUGUCCUCAGCCCACACAGCUGAACGCAUCAAUGCUAUACCCCUGCACUAAUGCUACCAAACUUAAUUACUUUGAUGGGAGUAAAGCUGGCUUUGGGAUAUUUAUCAUUGUUCUGUUCCUCUUUCCUGUUGUGAGUUUUCUAGUGGCCGUUAUGGUGGCAUAUCUCCGCAAGUACAGGUACAGAAAGUUCCAGAGAAGAAGGAAAGCUGGUCCCAAAGCAGAGGAGCCAGCUGUGGGAAUCACUGCCUACGAGUGGCAGGGCCAUAAAAAACCUCUGCAUCCAGUCAGCGUGGAGGUCGAUGAGAAAAGGGGGCUGCAGGUCUUUGACAGAUCUGGGUCUUCUCUGCGCUACCUCUUUCUGGGCGACCAGGACUACGUUGAUGUCCGUCUCUCCAACGACUGUCACCGGAAAGCGCUGCUGCUCAAAGUACCCAAAGAGUAUGACCUGGUGCUGUUUUUUGAUGACGAGAGCAAACGUACAGCAUUCUUGAAGCAUCUGCGCCCAGCGGUGACAGAUAUCGGGCAGGAGAUUAGAGUGAAGGAGAUGAGGGAGAAGGAACUGCUGAAGGAGACUUUAACCAAAGAGCAGAGGGCUCAGAUUGUGGAAACUUUCAUUCGACACGCUUUCUCUAAGGUCUUGGAAAUAGAGAAGUGUGAUGCUGGUGACAUGAGUAGCAUUUCCCAUGAGAAAGCCAGAGAGGUUCUCCAGUGCGAGCUGACAGCAUCAGAGUUUGCUGAUGCUCUGGGCGUCAAGCCUGACUCUUUAUUUGUGGACUCCAUGUUCACACUAGCUGAUAAAGAUGGAAACGGUUACCUCUCCUUCCAAGAGUUUCUUGAUGUGAUGGUUAUCUUUAUGAAAGGGUCUCCUGAGGAAAAAUCCAAACUGAUGUUUUCCAUGAACGACAUUAGUGGAACUGGCUUCUUGUCAAAAGAAGAAUUUGCCAGGAUGCUCAGUUCUUUCAUUGAAAUCUCCAAUGGUGGCCUGUCAAAGAGCCAGGCAGAGGAUGGCAUCAAGGCCAUGAUGAAGGCUGCAGGGUUUGAUGACAAGGAGAAAAUCUCAUGGCAGGACUUCCAUUUCCUCCUGCAGGACCAUGAGAAGGAGCUUCAGUUUGCUCAACUAAAUGUCAAAGGGAUGGAGAAACAGGGGAAGAAGCGGCUUAGUCGAGACCAUAGAGUGUCCUUCAUCUGUCCAGCAAACAGGUCAAGCACCAACACUCCGUAUGUGUAUGUAAAGCCGAGGCGUGAGCAGUACAUAAGGAACCCGGUCCGGCAGAAGAUCCAGCAUUUCAAACGUUUCAUUGAGAAUUAUCGCCGUCAUAUCGUCUGCUUCAUGAUCAUAUUCGGCAUCUCGGCUGGAGUGACGCUCGAAAGAUGUUACUACUACGGUUUGCAGGCUCUAUCUUCAGGUCUCCCUGAGACCUCGAUGGUUGGCGUCAUCGUCUCCCGUGGCUCAGCAGCCGCCAUCUCCUUUCUGUUUCCCUACAUGCUCCUCACCGUGUGUCGUAACCUCAUCACACUGUGCAGAGAGACCUUCCUCAACCGAUACAUCCCCUUUGAUGCCGCCAUUGACUUCCAUCGCUUUAUGGCCAUGACUGCCAUCAUCCUCUCAGUUGUUCAUAGUUUGGGUCAUGUGGUCAACAUCUACAUCUUCUCCAUCAGUGACCUCAGCAUCCUGUCUUGUCUGUUCCCCAAAGUCUUAUCCAACAAUGGGUCUGAACUUCCUCUCAAGUGGUCAUGGUGGUUCUUUCAAACUAUUCCAGGAAUGACUGGCAUCUUGCUUCUUUUUACUUUUUCAUUUAUGUACGUUUUUGCCUCACACUAUUUCCGUCGCAUCAGUUUUCGUGGAUUUUGGAUCACACAUUACCUCUAUGUUGUUGUGUACAUUCUAAUUAUUAUUCAUGGCAGCUUUGCCCUCCUCCAGGCGCCCCGUUUCUACAUCUAUCUGAUCCCUCCUGCGCUCCUUUUCCUGCUGGACAAACUAAUCAGCUUGAGCAGGAAAAAGGUGGAGAUCCCAGUGGUCAGAGCUGAGCUGCUGCCUUCAGGUGUGACACAUCUGGAGUUCAAGCGACCACAGGGCUUCAUGUACCGUUCAGGCCAGUGGGUUCGCAUAGCGUGCCUGAUGUUGGGAGCAGAUGAGUACCACCCCUUCACGCUCACGUCAGCCCCUCACGAAGAGACCCUGAGUCUGCACAUCCGAGCUGUGGGGCCCUGGACCAGCCAGCUCCGAGAGCUCUACACUGACGAAAGCCUGCUCGAGCUUGGAGCUUAUCCAAAGCUUUACUUGGAUGGUCCAUUUGGUGAGGGCCAUCAGGAGUGGAUUGAUUUUGAGGUGUCUGUUCUGGUGGGGGGAGGAAUUGGAGUCACCCCAUUCGCUUCCAUCCUCAAAGACCUGGUGUUCAAGUCCUCCGUGAAGUCCAAGAUUCAGUGUAAAAAGGUCUACUUCAUCUGGGUGACUCGAACACAGCGUCAGUUUGAGUGGGUGUCAGACAUCAUCAGGGAGGUGGAGGAGAUGGACACCCUGGAGCUGGUCUCUAUCCACACGUACAUCACUCAGGUGGCCGAGAAGUUCGACCUCCGCACCACCAUGCUGUACGUGUGUGAGCGCCACUUUCAGAAGGUGUGGAACCGCAGUCUCUUCACUGGCCUGCGAUCCGUCACCCACUUCGGCCGUCCGCCCUUCGUGUCCUUUUUCAGCUCCCUGCAGGAAGUUCACCCCGAGGUGGAUAAGAUCGGCGUAUUCAGCUGUGGACCACCUGGACUGACCAAGAACGUGGAGAAAGCUUGCCAGCAGAUGAACAAGAGGGAUCAGGCUCAUUUCAUGCAUCACUAUGAGAACUUCUAA